GCUAAACGCCAUCCACUAUGCAAACCAAGCAAAGCUCUUCAUGCUCUGUAAAGGCGAUCAGACCUGAAUACGUAUCCUAGCUAACCUGUCAAUUCCAUAAGAGAAGCGCUUCUACAAGCUCUUCCAAGCCUUCUAUAUUUCCAGGCCCAGACCACAUCUUGGUUCAAGUUGAAGAUGUCUUCGACCGCAACGGUUACUUACUCGGAGAUGAAGACGACGGCGUCGCCUUCUGCAACAAGGGUUCUCGAGGCUAGUCUAGAGGCGCUCGGAGCAGUCCUCAUGACAGCAAUGACUCCAGUCAUACUUCUCGCGGCCAUGGGUCUCUCUGUAUUUAAGACGGUUGUCGCUUGGGCGCGGACGGAGCUAUCCUGGCGAGCUUGAAGUCAGUUCAAUGAACGGUCGCGACAUACGAUGUUGGAUAGUCUUGGCAGCUCCUAGAGGAGUCGCGCUAGUCACUGCACAAGUAUCCUCAGUGGGUAUGAUAGUCUUUGAGCGGCAAUUUGGGUUGGUUGUUGGGUAGCAACCUGUGUUGGUUGUUGUGGUGAGGGAUGGCGACCUCAACUGCCGGUGCGUCCGGGGCCUGACCCUAGACCGCGUGAGCAACCGAUGUAUAGUUCGCUAUGAACUGCUGACCGGGGGGGCGCGGUAUGUGCUGCGUCCUGACGUGUGUGUUUGGCGUCCCACAACCCCGAUAGGACAUAGCUCUACGCUGGGUAGACAAGUGUACCAUAUGACGACGAGUAUCACAACGCGUGUCAUGCAGGCAAGGAUGCAGCAAUUAUGACCAUUGUGAAGCAUUCCAUGGCCGCUCCGUGAUAGACUCUUUAUCACCGGCACUUCCUCGUGCCCAAUCACAGAUGUGUGGGCCCGUGGCUGGGUUUCGGUUUUCAUUUCUUUUAGAGCACUGUCAUGUUCAUCUCGCUGUUGUAGCUAUAUUAGCGCUGCGAUGAUUGUAGCAUAGUACCAUAAAGACGUGUGACACCACAGCUAGGUACCUGUAGGGUGAUGUGACGUGCAGUGGAGGCGGUUAGGCACGUUGCGCGGGGAGAGUUGAACCGUGCAACUGCUGGCUAGGUGCCUGCUAGGACUACUCGCGGCAGCGCUUAGAGAGCUGCAUUGACUGCAUGUGCAUAGUCACAACUGCGCUGUACUGAGAUUCAUCUGUAAAUACAAUGCUGUAUGUGUAUGUGUCGGCAGUCAUGACACGGGAGCCUACAUGAAGGCAUGUGUAAGCCGUAGCCAUCUGAUGAACAGCAUCUGUGUACAACGCUCGUGUACGGAAUUCAUUUGUGUUACAAGUAGCCCAAAAGAAGAAAGAUGUUACGAUAAUAGGGACCGUGACUAAACGGGAGGCCUGCUCACGACCCUUUUAUCGACGUAGCUUUGACAACAGUAGACUUGCUGGACUCCUGUAAGGGUACGACAAGCAGGCAAUAGCGAUUAAGCGUCCUGCCACGUUGUAAUCUGCUGAAUACCCGCGCAUGAACGGCUUGCACCCAGCGUGUCGCCAUAGACACGAACGGUAGGAGGGUACGAGGAAUGAGGCCGAAUAGCAGCAUUGACAUCGGAUUGCAGCUCUUGUCUAUGAAACAGGCGUUGGGGGCAAGCGCCCUGUGUAGCGGCGUUGCCGCUAACAGGUCCGCGAAGGUACUCUUCGGGCGUCCUACGUUCGCUCAAAGGCUACUGAACUUCUCGGCUGCUGCCGCGCCUAAAAACAACAAGAAGGCGCCGGCUCCGGUUGCCCCGCCCCCUCCUCCGCCUGAGGAGGAGGAGGCCGAGUUCAUGGACGAUGCCUUCAUGGAUCCAAUGGAUAGCCUGGCGGUGCCUCAGCGCCGCCGCGUGUUGGCGAUGAAGGACGUACAAAAGCAGUACGACGCGCUGCACCGCGACUACCAGGCUGAGCUGGCGCAGCUGCAGCACAAGUACAACCUCAAGUACGCGCCCCUGUACGAUGAGCGGCGGGAGCUGUUCCUGGGUCGCAAGCCCGUCACGGAUAAGUACGAGCUGGAGGACGAUGGGGAGAAAGACGGCCCCGUUCCCGAGUUCUGGCUGAACGCGCUGGCCAACCACAACAAGAUCUCGCCCUUCAUCUCGGAGCGCGACAGCGAGGUGCUCAAGUACCUGGAGGACAUCCGCAGCGAGGUGCUGGUGGGCGAGGAGCGCGGCUUCAAGCUGAGCUUCCACUUCGCGGAGAACAACCCGCACUUUAAGAACAAGGUGCUUGAGAAGGUGUAUGUGUUGGAGCCGGAGGACGAUGUGGUGCCCAAGCACUUCACCGGCACGCCCAUCCAGUGGAAGGAGGGGUGCGACACCACCGUGGAGCUGCAGAAGCGGAGAGUCAAGGGACCCAAGGGCGACAAGUCCAAGCCCGCCUUCGUUACCGAGAAGGUGCCCUGCGAGUCCUUUUUCACGCUCUUCGACCCGCCCCAGGUUCCUAACGAGGAGAGCGCCAACUCGAUGAGCGAGGAGGAGCUGGAGGAGCUGGAGGAGGUGCUGAGCAACGACUUCGAGGUCGGCUUCGCGAUCAAGGACCAGGUCAUCCCCCGCGCGGUGGAGUGGUUCACGGGCGAGAUCGCGCCGCUCUCAGACGCUGACUAUGAUGACGAGUACGAGGAGGGGGAGGACUACUAGAGAGCUCGCCAGCGGUUGCUAACUGGGAGGAGGGCAGGUUGGGUGGUGACGUUUGUGGUGUUUGAAGCGGGGGUGGCGCCUGGGUGGUGAGGAGGGUGUUGAUGAGAUGGGGCGGCCUGUGGGGAGCGCCUGAGCAUGGUUGUGUCAUGAAUUUGGUGUGUGAUGUUUGGGCUUUAGGGGACGGGGUAAUGGGUGCCGUACAUGGGUAAGUACGUACGCUGUGGUACCGUAUGUGCAUGGGAUGCGGACUUGUGUUUUGGGAUCGGACACGCGUUGGCGACGUGAUGGGUCGGUUAUGUUGCCAAAACGCUACUGGAUACCCUAAGAAGCAAACAAUUGUUUUGCGGCUUCGGAGCGGACAGAGAAUUGGGUACCAAUGUUUGACGGGGCCUGUGUUUGCGUUGGAUGGACGUUGGUGGUGCUCUUAAGCUUGGGUAGCGUUCUGCCUUGUGGAACGGACCCAAGCGAACCCGAGUUACGGGCUUGUACUAGCGAACCCGAAUAGGGUUUCACUGAGCGCAGCAUACGUUUCGCGUGGGCUUCGUUCGCAAGCGACGGCUAGCACGUUUAGGACUUGCGGAGUCAAGGUUUGGUCAACGCACGGUCUCCUGCGCUGUGCUGUCGACCAGGCCUUGCGUUGCAUUCACUCUUUCUUGCUUGCAAGGUUUGCUUGCGCGUUAGGGAUUGACAGGCCGGGCAGUUCUAUUCGAGCGCUAAGCGAUGAUGACACAUAAACCUGUCCUCAGGGGAUGUGGUUGAAGUUUGUGCAAUGUGGAUGGACACUGGGUAGUACGGUAUGUGUUGGUUCGACCCAAAGCCGCGUGACUGAACGAUGGUAUGUGGAUGAAACUAUAAGCAUGGCUUACACGGGGGUAAGAGUGUCGGUGCCGUCGUGGAAUUUGCGCAUGCUGUGUAAUUCCGA